AUGACGACGGAGACAGACGCAAGAGAGAAACGGAAGACCAAGACCCAUCCCGAACCGAAGCUGGGAUGCCGCGACUGGCAUCAAACAAAAAGAGCAGGCAGAACUGGGGCUGCUGGUUUGGGGUGUGCCAUCUCGAGGCCUUCCACGGCGUCCAUGCCGAUAUCGCAUGCAACGAACGGCGGUGAAGCUGGAGGUAGACCAAGAGUCAACGGCCGGACGGGGGAGAAGAGAAAAGAGCUUGAUCAGCUGGCGGCCAAGAGAGACAAGAUAUUCUCAACCAGCCUUGAGCUGCUGCCUGUCGUACCACCGUUGGCUGUACGCGGUUAA